AUGGGUAUGGGUAAAAAAUCACACAAAAAUGAGUCAGAUACACAUUGCUCACAAAGAUCUCAAUUGAAGAAUACUGAUAAAAUCAAUCAAUUGCAUUCAUUUGAAAUGAUACCUGAUUAUCUUCAAUCAAAUCCAUAUAUUCGAACAGGUUAUCGAUAUGGUUUAACUCUCAAAGGUUGUUUAAUUAGUUUAUUUUAUUUAAAUAAUGAAUGGGUGAACGUUUGGUCACAUAUGAUUGGUGCUGGUAUUUUCAUAUAUUUUUUUGUUCGUGAUAUAUAUUUGGGCAAAGCUUUACCAUUUAUGACAACAUCAACUGAUUAUUAUAUUGUAUUAUUCUAUACAAUUUCUGUGAUUAUAUGCAUGAUAUGUUCGGUUGCUUUUCACCUAUUUGGUUGUAUGUCAUCGCGAGCAUUCGCUGAUUUUCUUAAAUUAGAUUUAUGUGGUAUUGGAUUUGGUAUUCUUGGCUGCUACUUGUGUGGUCUUCAUUUGUCAUUUGAAUGCUAUCGUCAUUGGAGAUUAAGAUAUGAAACAGUAAUUAUUGGUAUUAUGUUUAUUGCUGUCAUUUAUUACGUACAUGGAGUGAAAAGAUAUAUCACAAGAAAUGUUCACGUGUCUUUAUUUGUUAGUAUCUCAUUGCUUGGCUUAUUACCAGCCUUACACUGGUAUUUUCUUCAUGGUGGUUGGUCAAAUCAGCAUGUCAAACAUUUUUUUCCGAAAAUAUUUAUACUUUAUGGGUUAUUAGCAAUUGGUGCUGUGGCUUAUUUAACAAAAUUUCCUGAAAGACUUUUUCCCGGUUAUUUUGAUAUUUUAUUUGCUAGUCAUCAAAUUUGGCAUUUCGCAUCAUUAGCUGCAUUUAUUUCCUGGUAUCAAAAUGCUAUUGAACUAUUACAGUAUCAUUUUAUUACUCCGUGUGAUAUUCAAUUAGAAUGA